AUGGUAGCUUGUACGGCCGCGGAUUGGAUAAAGGACCACACGGACAGGAGUCCAGGGAAUAACCUCGAUGAAGGCGAGGAUUACUUGUCCGGGCCAACCGACAUCUGGGUCACUCUUCCGGGGUGCCAGACGACCUGCCCGAAGCCCUACUUUGACCUCUAUGGUGACAUGUGGCCGCGGCUCAUAACCUGGCUUGUGCCAGUCCUUCUUCUGAUCGGGAGCGUCCAUCUCCCGCGCAUCGGCUACGUCAACCGCGUGCUUGUCAUUCUUCACUCCAUGGGCGAACCCGUCAACUCCAUGUAG